GAGAGAACAACAACAGACAAGGUACAGUCUAGGUUAGUCUGGUUUUACAACUCCAAAGAUGUCGGCACCUGACUCUCUUCCAGAAGGAUUUACUGAGUUCGAAAUGAUGAGCUUUGGCACAAUGAUGCUGACGGAAGCUUUGUUUGGAUUCUCUCUGAAUGUGUUGUCCAUCGUUGCUUUCUGGAAGAUCAAGGAGAUUCAAACCCCUGGCAACUUUCUGAUACUCAACCUCGCUUUGUCUGAUUGUGGCAUUUGCAUCAACGCUUUCAUCGCUGCUUUCUCCAGCUUCUUAAGAUAUUGGCCCUACGGCUCUGACGGCUGCCAAAUUCAUGGCUUUCAAGGAUUUUUAACAGCCCUAACAAGCAUUAAUUGUGCAGCUGCAAUUGCGUGGGACCGAUAUCAUCAAUAUUGCUCCAGGCGAAAAUUACAGUGGAAUUCGGUGUUCUCCAUGGGGCUGUUUGCUUGGUGCUUCGCUGGCUUUUGGUCCGCCAUGCCCCUUUUGGGAUGGGGGGCAUAUGAUUAUGAGCCUCUGAGGACCUGUUGCACUUUGGACUAUACCAAAGGAGACAGAAAUUACAUCACGUUUCUUAUUCCUCUGGUGCUGUUCAAUUUUGUGACCCCGAUUUUCAUCAUAUUAAUGUCCUAUCAAUCCAUUGAUAACAAAUUCAGGAAAACAGGACAGCUGAAGUUUAAUACUGGUUUGCCGGUGAAAUCUUUGGUCCUUUGCUGGGGUCCAUACUCCCUUUUGAGUAUCUAUGCUGCAGUGGAAAACGUGGCACUCGUCUCACCCAAAAUCUUAAUGAUUCCUGCUCUUAUCGCCAAGACUUCACCAACCAUGAAUGCCUUCAUUUACGCCUUGGGGAAUGAGAACUACCGAGGAGGAUUGUGGCAGUUUCUCACAGGAGAAAAAAUGGAGAAACCCAAAAUUGAUGACAAAAUGAAUUAAUUCACAUUCUGGACAUGAGGUGGGGUGGGGGAGGGGUCGCAUGUGGCGAAGAGAGCGGAAUGGGUACAUUGCCCAAGGAGAGCCAGAAUUGGUUCCCUGCUGCUCCCUUCUGGGUGCCCAACAUGGGUUUCUUGCUUCAUUUAGAACCCCCAAAACAGGUAGUCCUCGACAUAUGGCCACAAUUGAGUCCAAAAUAUCUGCUGCUUAAAUGAGACCUUUGUUAAGUGAAUUCUGCUCCAUUUUACGACCUUUCUUACCACAGUUGUGAAGUGAAUCACUGCAUUUGUUAAGUUAGCAGCGUUGUCGUUUAGAGAGUCUGGCUUCCCCAUUGACUUUGCUUGUCAGAAGGUCCCGAAAGGGGCUUAUGUGACCCUGUGCAGUGGUCGUAAGUCUGACAAAUGGUCAUAAAUCACUGUUUAGUGCUGUUGGAACUUUGAAUGGUCACUAAGUGAACUGUUAUAUAGCUGUAACUGGACACCAAAGUAGGAUCCAGGCCACCAAUGUUUUCCCCCGUCGUCUGCCACAUUGUUCAAAGAAUCGCUUCGUGCAGAUGUUCUUCCCAGCCUUUGUCCCUCCGCCUGUAUGUCCCCCCCCCUCCUCAGCUCCCUUUCCGUCCAUCUGUCACUGUGAAUAAACGGCCACAGGAAGGACAA